GCUCCACCACACGGGCUGCCCACUUCCUCCUCCCUGAUCAUCACCUUUCUUCCUUCUCCCUGGCUUCCUGUUGGGGCUUCCUCUCAGUCCUGUGACACAGAGACCCUGACACUUACCCCAGAGAUGCUGCUGCUGCUGCUGCUGGCCCUGCUGUGGGCAGGGUCCCUGGCUCAGCAUCUAGGAUUCCGGCUGCGAGUUCAGAAGUCUGUGACGUUGCAGGAGGGCCAGUGCAUCUCCGUGCCCUGCACUGUGUCCUACCCCAAGAUAGGCUGGACUGAAUUUGCCCCAGCUCAUGGCUACUGGUUCCUGGAAGGAGCUGAACCAAACUCGGAUGCUCCUGUGGCCACAAACAAGCCCAGUUGCAAAGUGAGGGACCAGACCAGGGGCCGAUUCCACCUCCUCGGGGACCUCCGGACCUCCAACUGUUCCUUGCACAUCAGAGAUGCACAGAAAAGGGACACAGGGAGAUACUUCUUUAGGAUGGAGAGAAGGUCCUAUGUGAAAGAGAAUUACAAAAACAACAUGCUCUCUGUACAUGUGACAGAUCUGGGACCUGACAUCCACAUCCAGGAGACCCUGGAAUCUGGCCACCCCAAAAACAUUACCUGUACAGUGUCAUGGGCCUGUGACAGAGAGACACCACCCAUCUUCUCCUGGAUGGGAACCAACCCCACACCCCUGGGUCCUGAGACUCCCAACUCCUCAGUGCUCACCCUCACACCAGGGCCCCAACACCACGGCACCAACCUCACCUGUCAGGUGGCCUUGCCAGGUGGUGAGAUCAGGGAGAGGACCAUCCAGCUCAACGUGACCUAUGCACUCCAGAACCUAACCAUCAUGUCCUGGCAAGAAGGCACAGGAUAUAGAGUUCUGUCCAACGGCUCAUCUCUCCAAGUCCAGGAGGGCAAGUUGCUGCACCUGGUGUGUAAAGCUGACAGCAACCCGCCCGCCAGUACAUGGUGGGCCCGGGGCAGCCUGACCCUGGAGUCCAUGGACCCAGGGGUCCUGACACUGCCCCAGGUGGAACUGGAGGACCAUGGGAAAUACAUCUGCCGAGCUCAGCAGCACGAGUCAGCCUCUCUGGAAGCCUCUGUGAUCCUCAGUGUGAAGAGAAAAUCAGGGCCCAGGGCAGUGGUGGUGCUGGUGGCCAUUGUGGAAGCAGCUGCUAAGACCCUAUUCCUGCUGCUCUGCCUCAUCAUCCUCAUGUGAGCUCUGCCCCAGGGACAAGGGAGGAAAGGGGAGGGUAGGAGACAUGUGGUUGAGUCCAAAACCGGGCCAGGGAUCCCAGCAAAUAAGGGGUAGUGCUGGCAGGUGGUGAAGGGGUGGUGGGUGAGGACCCCACAUGAGAAGCCAUUGUGAGUGUCUAGGCUGGGAGGAACCUUCAGUGCUCAAGGUAAUCUGUGGGGCCAGAUCUGCCAUCCCUGAAUUUACUUUCCUCUCUGUCC